UCAGUUUAGUAACGAGGGUCGACCAUGUCGGACGCGGGAGGAGGAGGUGAGAAGCGCGGAGUCAAGAGAAGUUCCAGGGAGUUGCAACAACAAACGCCAAGACGACCGGGAGAAUCUUCACAACCGCCUUCGAUAGCAACGUCUCCAGGCCCAUCAACUUCACGUAGUGAAGGAGACACCAGGUCCAGCAGUUACUAUGCUGGGCAACAACACGCAAGUGGGGGAGCGGCUGCUGCUGGGCCUAGCCAUCAGCAAGCCGGGGGGACAAGUGCAAUUGUUAGCGGAGGAACUCGUGGUUUAAGCCGGGCGCGGAAUCAGCUCGAAUUAGUUACCAAAUCUCCGUCAUACGACAAACAUGGACAUUCGGGAGAAAAGAUGACUGUGCGGUCUAAUUAUUUCCAAGUGAUCAAAAUGCCGGACGUCAAAUUGUUGCAGUAUCGCGUCGAUUUCACGCCGGAAAUAGCGGAUGAUAUUAGUUUCAUCCGCAAAGGGCUCAUUCGAACUCACCAAGAAAUUCUCGGCCAUUACAUUUUCGAUGGGACUCUUCUCUACACCACCAUUCCUCUUCCUCAACCGUUGGAAUUGAUUUCUAAGAGGAAAUUCGAUGGGAGUGACGUCAAAAUUAAAUUCGCUUUAGUAGGCGAAUUUCAACAAGAAGAUGCUACAUACACCUCAGUAAUGUGUUUGAUCCUGAGGCGUUGCAUGUCGAUGCUCAACUUGGUGAUGUUGAAGCGCAAAUAUUACGACAAGGCAGCCAAAGAAGAUGUUCCGGGUCACCCGAUUACCAUUUGGCCGGGGUAUGUGACAACGAUUCGACGUCACGAGCGUGACUAUCUUUUGAACGUGGAAAUCGUUCACAAAUACCUUCGCAGAGACACUGCCAUGAACGUGAUUGAACGAAUUCAUCGGCAAUUAGGGAGAGAUGAUUUCAUGAAUCGUGUCAAAACUGAAUUACUAGGCCAGAUCGUGAUGACGCUGUACAACGACAAAACGUACAGGAUCGACGACAUUGAUUUCGACAAGACUCCAAUGUCGACGUUCCACUUGCGCAAAGAGGAUCGGGACAUCACCUACAAGGAAUAUUACCAAAAACAUUACGAGGUGAACAUCAAAGACGAGCGGCAAUUUUUGCUCGUGUCCCGACCCUCACGUAACAAACCCGACAACCAGCAAGGGGCCAGCAUGAGAGAUGAUACGGUUUAUCUCAUUCCGGAAUUGUGCGGAAUGACGGGACUAACAGAGGAACACAGGAACAAUUUUAAAAUGAUGCAGGCCGUUGGGAAUAUCACGCGAGUCACGCCGGGCAGACGGGUGGAGACUUUAAUGAAAUUCCGUCGACGAUUGGCCGAAACUCCGCAGAUUGAACGGGAGCUAAAUAAUUGGGGACUUCAAUUCGCCAAUCAACUCGUUCCCUGUCCGGCCAGAACUUUGAAAGCACCGCUCCUUCUCACGGGAACGAAUACAAUUAACACGAAAGAUGGCGACUGGGGCCGUGAAAUGCAAAAAAGAAAAAUGUGCGUUUCUGUCAAGAUGGCGGAAUGGAUCGUCGUUUAUCCGACUAAACUCAACUCGCAAGUUCGAUCCUUUGUUAAUAUGAUGAAAAGAGUUGGCGAACCUCAAGGAUUUCACCUGCCGGAACCUCACUAUGUUCCACUGGACAUGGAUCGAACCAGUGAUUACAUCAAUGCUUUGCGGGAUAACAUCCCCAACAGAUAUUACGACAUCGUCAUGUGCGUGUUGCGAACCAAUCGAACCGACACAUAUUCGGCCAUCAAGAAAUACACCUUUUGCGAUAGGGGUAUCGCUUCCCAAGUAAUUACAGGUCGAAUUAUUGAGGGAACCGAAGGCAGAUUAAUGUCGGUGGCUACCAAAGUGAUGACUCAAAUCGCAUGUAAAUUAGGUGCUGAACCGUGGACACUAGUUGCGCACCUUCAAAGGCCCUGGAUGAUUGUAGGAUACGACACCUACCACGACGCUCGCAAUCGAAAAGCCGUCGGUGCGUUCGUGGCUUCAAUCAACACGAGUUACACGCGCUACAAUUCGUCGGUGAAAAUCCAUCCAGCCAAUGAGGACAUUUCGCCCAGCUUCAAGGAUCACAUGCUCAAAUCAUUAAAGGCCUAUCAAACAGCAAAUGGCUCUUAUCCGGAAAAAAUUAUCGUCUACCGUGAUGGCGUCGGAGCUGGCGAUAUCCAAACUGUCCUGGAUAUCGAACUCGAAGGCAUCCAGGAAGCUUGUAAACUAGUGGCGAAUGCCAAUUUAGCAGGAGUUGAUUACAAGCCUGGCAUUGCAUUUGUGAUUGUCAGCAAGGCGAUCAAAACUCGUUUUUUCGCCGGAACGAGAGACAAUCCAUCGAAUGCAGCGAGUGGGACGGUAGUGGACGAUACUGUCACCAUCAGGGAGCGAAGUGAUUUCUUUUUGGUCUCGCAAAAAGUCAAUCAAGGAACAGUUUCGCCAACGAAUUUCAACGUCAUUUUCGACAGCACUGGACUGGCGGCCAACGUCCAUCAAAUGUUUGCGUACAGUUUAACCCAUCUCUACUACAACUGGCCGGGAACGGUACGAGUUCCGGCUCCGAUGCAAUACGCUCACAAGUUGGCGUAUUUGGUGGGCGAAAGGAUUGAACGAGAGCCAUUAGAUGUCCUUGCAAAAUUCCCCUAUUACCUUUAAAAUGUGUGCUCCAUUUCAAAGUGAAAUCUUUUAUAGAUUUCGAUCUCUAAAUAUUGUCGCCCACCACAAUGACCUCAACACAUUUUGUUUUUCAUUCUAAUGUCACUGCCAAUUUUUAG